AUGCUGCGCUUCUCAUCCCCACCUUCUCUGCCGUUGUGUCUGAGGUGCUGGUCGUCAGCGCUCGAUCACCGUGCGGCCUGCAUCGAAACUCACAGGCGUGGCACACAAAAAGCGUGGAUGUUUGUAACGCACGGCAACGGUACCUCGAGACCCUUUCAUCGAAUCUGUUCCGUCUUGCCCUCUCUCUCUCUCUCUUCCUCUCCAUCUCUUUACCCUCAACCUCCACCGCCCGUGGCGGACGUUGGAAUGGGCAGGAAGAAACGCGCGAGUGAUGUGGAGACGACGCCGGAGCUGAGCUUUGUGCAGGGCGGUGUCCUCAACACGAUCAUCGUCAAGGGUGCGGAGGAGAUGCAGCAGAUCGCGGUGGACACCACCGCGUUCCUCGAGGACAAGCGGGUGGUGCGUAGCACGAACAUGGAUCAGGUGACCUUCUCCCAGAAUGCCAUCUUCAAGGUCACCCUUGACUUUGCAGAGGCGAUGCCGUGCAUUCCCGAGACCGCGGUGCGCGAGUCGACCGACUGGAUGCUGCUCAGCUGCACCGGAAACCACGCGCACUACUCGACGGUAGACCAGCGCCUCAUUCUUCAGCAGUGCAAAGCAUCCCUGCAGAGCAACAUACCGGAGCUGGAGUUUCCCGUCUACCUUGUGCUGCGGUUCGACGAUGACGAGUGGGUUGUGGAGCGCAUCAUUCGCUAA